CAGCAUACUAGCCCGUAGACCGAAGGGGUUUGUGUAUGUUUGCCCUUCUUCACCCUCUUUGCCAAUCAACCAAUUCCAUUCACGUCUCCCCUCUCCCUACCUUUACGAACCCGAACGAAACCCGCUUGCUCAUUGCGAUACCUUCGUCACGACCUUUACGACAGCCAAACAAACAUGCGCUUAUUUGCGAUUCCUACCAUGGCCUUGGCCAUGGGACCAGUUCUAGCACUUCCAACUCCUCAGGAUCCGUUUGCAGCAGUGGCAAACGGCCUGGAGGCUUCGAUUUACGCAAAUGUCGCGGAUGCACUUGCGCUAGACCCGAACCUUGAGGCAGCUGGAUACCUACCUCAGCCACCUGUGCCACAGGUUCCAUCUACCAUCCCUGGAUACGAAACAGCUGCUACUCAGCAAUUCCUGGGUACUGCAGUUCCUGCAGCAUAUGAUUCGGCUGCCCCGGCGGCACCAGCUGCUCCUGUGGCUCCUAUGGCUCCUAUGGCUCCUGUGAUUGCGGGCACCACUGGGUAUGCCGCUGAAACGCUUCCUGGAGCAGUUCCCGAGGAACAACUUACUCCUGAUGUCUAUGCUCCGGCGCCCGCACCCAUUGACUCUGCACCAUAUGGCGCUCAGGCCGAAGCUCCUGCCCCCGCUCCUGUUCCCGCUCCUACUCCUGUUCCCGCUCCUGCUCCUGUCCCAGUCCCGUUGCCUGUGCCAGUUGCUGCCCCGGCUCCCAUCAACAAAGCUGCAUAUGCAGGUGGUCGUAAUACGCCUCUAUAUGCUCCUGAGUCGCUGCCUGCCCCACUCAACACUGCCGGUUAUGAUACUGCUGCUCUGCCAGAGGUUCCUGCUGGCUAUGCCGCUGGUGCUCCCGCUGUACCUGUCGAUAUUCCCGAGCUGCUGCCAGCCCCAGCUGGCAACGCUGCUGAUAUUCCCCACCAACCGUAUGAAUCUCUAAAUCCCGAAAGCCCGUCGUACUCCCCACCUGCGCCUGCUGUCCCUGGAGACGUUCCUACUGGCCAGAUCCCAACCGGUCCCAUUGCGACACCUGCAGACUACAAUACUGUAGGAGAGAAUCCUGCAGCAUACCCGGACAAUGGUGGUGCUAAUCCGUUCAACUUCUUAAUGCAAGGGCUCACUGAUAGCUUCAAUGGCUUGGUUAAUGGGCUUUCCGGAUACGCCAGUGACCCGAUGCCUGUCGACGACAGCAUACCUGUUGCUGCCCCAGCCGUUGCUGGUUCCUGAGUGCGUGCAUGCUGAACAAUAAGAAUUAGUUUUUUGUAAAAAUGUGUUCGUCACACCCGGUAUCUACCCUUGUUUCUACCCCGUAUUUUCCUCGUUCUAACUAUGUUUCUACCAUCGUUUCAAUCCUGUUAUCACAAUACAUGUCUUUCACAGCA